AUGAAUUAUUCUAUUACGUUUUUAUCUUUAUCAAGAGUUAAAGAUACCUUAAUCAACACUGCACCAACUACUUCAUUUAGAUCAUUUCAAUUCUCAAGGAUAUCAGUCUCAAAAUCUGUAAAUAAGUUAUUUGUAUUCAAUUCAAACAACCAAAACAUUGCAUUUUUAAAUUCGGUAUUCCAAAAUUCAUAUCAAAGAGUAAUCACAUCAGGUGGACUUAUCAUUGCCGAUAAAAACUACACAAACAAAUUAAAAGCUACACCAAAUACAAAUGUUGAAAUAACUAAUUGCCGAUUUUCUAAAUGUGUGGACUUAGGCUAUCAAGGUGGCGCUAUAUAUAUUAAAGACAGUGCCCUUAAAUGUUCACAUUGUAGUUUUGUUCAUUGUAUGGCCCAACAAGGCGGAGCCAUAUAUGUCGAAACAACGUUAAAAUAUGAUUUAUUCAUUUCUGAUUCAUGUUUUAUGAAUUGUACGGCAACGAAUAAAUUUGAAACAGUACUUCUUAUGACAAACUCGAUAGCUGGCAUAAAUAAUACAGUAGUCUUCAGUGCUCUAUGCUAUGAUGACUCCAUCAAGCACCCAUCCGCUGCUUUCAGCCUUCAUUUCAGUUCAGCUGGCCAACAAGUCAACUAUAUUAACUCAACGGAUAAUUAUAUUCAAAUGCAAGCUUCACUAUGCAGUUUUACUAACCCAGGAGCUACCAUUAACGUUAAUUAUUGCCAAGUUAUUAAUAAUACGGUUAUUUCCUUCUUCCACCACAUAUUUACUUUAAAGGAUGUGAAAGACCGACAAGUCGCGUUUUUACGAAAUUGUAUCAUUGUUUCAAACAAUUUUUCGUUCAUUCCGAUUACAGUUUAUUCAUCGAAAAAUGGAAGAAUGAACGUGACAUUACUUGGGUGCUACUUCAAAUCUAAUGUUGUAGCAGUCAAUUCUAUUCAAUAUGCAUCAAGCCUUAUUCUAAAUAUCACAAAAUCUUAUUUUGACGUAGAUCCACGCCAAAUAUUUAGAUACAAAGAGUACAAUUUUACUCAAAAGUCUAAAGUAACUUACAAACCUCAAGAUAUCCAAGCAACUGUUGAUAUUUACAAUGAUUUUAUCAGCGGAUACUGUGAUAUUGACUAUUUCGCAGAUGUAUCUUUGAAGUCUAAAUUGCCGAUCGGAAGAACAAUAUCUAUCGCUCUUGGAAUUCUUGCUAUUAUUAUCAUCAUCGCGCUUGGAGUUCAGUGGCUUAUAUCUGCUAGAAAGAAGAAGAGAGACUAUAAGAUAUGGGUUGAAUCGAACUCUUCGCCUUCUGUUCUUUAA